AAUUCAUACGGGAGGAUGUGACGUCACCGACCAAAUCCCCUUGAAGAGCUCGAAAAUGGCCGUCAAAGCAAAGCGAUUUUAAUCUACUGUCGAAAUAACGUUUUUUCGGGUGUUGUUUAGACCAUAAGACAUUUACGUGAGGUUUUUCCUCUACACGUCAUGCCACAUAUCACUCACAGUGAGUUUCUUCUGGAGCAGCUGAAGAGGCAACGCGAGAGAAGCUUUCUGUGUGACUGCACAGUAUCCAUAGGUCAGGCUCAGUAUCGAGCACAUCACAAUGUUCUGGCAGCCUUUAGUGAAUAUUUCUCCACACAGUCUGUUGAUGCUGGAAGAGAGGAUCCCACCAUAACUUUGGACCCUGAGAGCGUGAGCAGUGCCAUCUUUGAAAAACUACUGACUUACAUUUACACCGGAGAUCUGAAUAUGGACAGAGAAGAAAUCGAAAGUGUUCAGAAAGCUGCAUCUUAUCUUGGGAUGCCUGAGGUUGUGGCUCGCUGCACUUUAUCUCAAGAUAACAUAAAAAAUGUUGGAUCGCCCAUGAGACAAGCGGAAUACGAGGAUCCACGAUCUCCUCUAAGCCCAGAUGACUAUGAGCCUUUAGAGCCGAUCUCGGAGGUGGAAGAGCGAGAGCUGCUGCGAGAAGACAGAGCAGGCGACGAUCUCGUGUCAAUGGAUGAAGCCCAGUCGUCCAGCGAACAAACCCCUCAGAGAGUUGGAAAGAGAGGGAGGAAACCUAAAACCAGGCUGUACGAGGAUGAGUUUGAGGUUGAAACCAUCAGCGCUCAGAGAGGCAGAGGAAGAGGUCGAGGAAGGCCGAGAGGACGGCCAAGAGUCAGGCCUUUGAGUUCUGAUUCCACUGAUCAAUCGCCAGCACAUCAAGCUAUGAGUCCAAACGGCAGCUCAACAAGCAGAGGAUCCGGGAGACCAAGAGGUCGUCCCAGGGUUAGACCACUGUCCACCGCUAAUGAAGACCCUCGCAAUGUUGAAGAUGAUCCAGCAGCAAAUAAAGAUCAAGAAGUUGAAAAAGGAAAUGAAGAACAAAAAAAGGAGACUGGUGAAAAAGAUGACGGUAAGAAUGACACAGAUAACCCAGAAGAAGUCACAGCUUUCAAACGAGGCAGAGGAAGACCACGAAUUAAACCGGUAUCUACUGAAGACCAAACCACAAACUCUGAGAACGUGACAACAAAUGCUGAAGACGGAUCAGAACCGGCAAAGACGAAAGACAGCGAAGGUACGGGCCGUAAAAGAGGAAGACCACGAAGCAAGCCCGUUUCUUCUGAAGAUCCUGAAUCUGUUAUUUCAGUGGAGAUCAGCGGAGAAGAAGCUGGCGAAGAAACCAGUCAGGAUGCUGAGAAACACACUGAAGAAGGAACCGAAGAUUCAGAGUCCAAUCCUGGCAACAGCGUCCGCAUCAGCAAAAGAAAGAGGAUCUUAAGUCGAAAGCUGAAAGAGAGCCAAGCGGGUGAUGAGGAGGAGGAAGAGGAGAUGGAUGACGAGUUUGAGAAUGAUAAUGAGGACUGGGCAGGGGAAGAGGAAGUGAAACCGGUGCAGGACAAACACAGGCCUAUUUGUAACAUCUGUGGGAACCUGUUUUCUGAGAUGAGCAGUUUGCGGAGGCACAUGCGCAUUCACAAGGGCCUUAAACCCUAUCAGUGCACACUCUGCACGCGCUCCUUCAGACAGGGCAACCAGCUGAAGACACAUAUGCGCAUACACACAGGAGAGAAGCCCUUCACCUGUACGUCCUGCGAUUCUCGGUUUGCUCAGAAGUGUCAGCUGGUCUAUCACUGCCGCAUGCAUCAUGGAGAAGAGAAGCCGUAUAAAUGUGAAUUCUGUGGAGCAGCUUUUGCCACAUCUAGCAAUCUGAAAAUUCACAUACGGAAGCACAGUGGUGAGAAGCCGUAUGAAUGUGGAGAAUGUGGGAAGCGCUUUACUCAGGCCAGCACUCUAAUGUAUCACAAGCGGCGACACACUGGAGAAAAACCAUACAUCUGUGACACCUGCGGCAUGGCCUUCGCGGUGUCCAGCUCACUCAUCGCACACAACAGGAAACACACCGGUGUGACUCCGUACAUAUGCUUGGAUUGCGGAAAGCCUUGCCUAACUGCAGGUGAACUUCGGAAACAUAUGGAUGUCCACAAUGGAGCAAGAAAAGUAAUUUGUAAUCUGUGUGGAAUCAUAUUUUCAGACAUAUACAGCUUGAAGAAGCACAGCAUCUUGAAACACAAUGUCGUUCCAGAGCUAGAGACGACUCAGACUUCCAAAACCGACCCGACGCAGUGUCCCCUCAACAUCCCGAUUGACCAUCAGGGCCUGAUCGCGCGUGUUCGUUCAGCUCUUGUCGAUUCGCAAGACCACGAAAUUCAGAUGGAGCCUCCACUGCCUAUAUUGCCUCCAGAAACGUCGCUCAUCAUCCAGCAGUCGGCAGAGCCUCAGAUGAUCAUCCAACAUGCAGACGGCAGCGAGCCCUCCAUGAUCUUCCAGCACGCAGAGGCAUCCGAAGCCCCGAUGCUCAUCCAGCACGGAGAACCCGGAGAGCAGGUAAGCUACGUGGUGGAGCAGUACGAGAUCCCAGCCACCGCCGAGAUGGAGCACACGCAGAUCGUCAUCGUUCAGACCAUCGAUUAAAUAAAUAAACGUCAGCUUUUACUUCCGUUUUAAAUCUGUGUUCUCCAUCCGUCUUGUUUUCUAAGCUUGUGAAUGAUAAACUCUUUUGAGAGUGUGUGGAAAUGAGAUUCUCUCUUUUUUUUCCAUUCAGAACAUAAUUUGGAUCACUUAUACACACUCGGAAAUAAAGAUCAAAAAUUGGACACCUUCACAGCAGUGUUUCUCAACCCUGUUCCUAAAAGCACACCGACAGUACAUAUUUUGGAUGUCUCCUUUAUAUAAUCCAUUCAUUUAAGGUUUUGGAGUCUCUACUAAUGUUCUGUUGAGUUGAUUCAGGUGUGUUUGAUUAGGGAGGGGUUGAAUAUGUGUACUGUUGGUGUGUCUUUAGGAACAGGGUUGGGAAACACUGCUUUAGAACAGUGUUUCUCAACCAUGUUCCUGGAAGCCCACCAACACUGCAUGUUUUGGAUGUCUCCUUUAUCUGUCACACCCAUUACAGGUCUCUCAGUUUCUGCUAAUGAGCUGAUAAUCUGUGUGGUUGGUUAAGGAGACAUUGAAAAUGUACAGAGCUGGUGGUCCUCCAGGAACGUGGUAGAGAAACACUGCUUUAGAAUACACUUUUGUACCUUUAAGUUACUAUAAGGUACACAUUUGUACUUUUUGAGUGUUGAAAUGUACCUUUAGGGACUUGUUAGGAACAAAAUUGUACAGUGACAGAUUUUGCACCUUUAUUUCUGAGAGACAGAUGUGUUUUCUGAAAUGAAGGGAAGGCCAGAUUUGGGUUAAGCUAUAAUUAUAAAAGCAAAAGCAUUUCGGUUUUGUAUGUUUGAAAAGGCUUUUUGUAUUUAAUUGAAAAGACAGUACAUCUAUAUGCUUUACAGGUCCUCCAGAUGUUUUCAACUGUGUCUUUUAGAAGUAUGAUAUGUAAAUAGCUAUAAUGUUAUAUAUAUAUUUGACCCAGUGUCUGACCUGUUUCAUAAUGAUGUGAAAUCAUUCGGAUGCUCUAACAACCUGGGCGACUUUUUAUAAUAAAUCAUCUCACGUAUGACGUAA